CAUUUUUAUUAUUUUUCAUCGUGUGGAAAUGUAGUGUCAAGCUAAUGAAAGACGGUAAAAUAGUGAAAAAUAUGUUUUGAUUAUUGUGAAAAAGACUCGAGGUAGUUGAAUGUAAAGACUAAUAUAUUUUGUGCUACCGACUUCUCAAAAAGUCACCCUUUUUAGUAUAUUUGAUAUCUCGAUUUAAUAGCAUGUCUGUACACUACAAAUUCAAAUCGGCUCUUGAGUAUGAUACGGUUACGUUCGAUGGCCUACAUAUUUCAGUGAAAGAUCUGAAGAAUGCUAUAAUACAGCAAAAACGAAUAGGAAAAAGUACAGAUUUUGAUUUACAAGUUACGAACGCACAAACUAAAGAAGUGUACGAAGAUGAGAAUGCAUUGAUACCUAAAAAUGCAUCGCUUCUCAUAGCCAGAAUCCCAAUUAUUCCUCAAAAGAAUAAAACUUGGGGUGGGUAUGGGGAUGAUAAUACAACACCAACAAAAUCAGAUGAAGGAGGGCCAAUUGCCAAGGAAGUUGAUUUGUCCAAUAUAGAUGCUCCUGAGGAUGACAAAAUUAGGGCUAUGAUGUCUCAAUCUACACAGGAUUAUGAUCCUAGCAAUUAUAUGAAAAUUAGAGGCGCCAAUCAAGUCGGUGCUGUUCCUGCUAAUUAUAAAUGCUUCAAGUGUCACCAAGGGGGGCAUUGGAUUAAAGACUGUACUUUUGGAAUGGGAUCAGAUCCAGGGGAGAUCAAGAAAAGCACCGGUAUACCCCGUAGUUUUAUGGUAGCAGUCGAUGGUCCACAAGUACCCGGCGCGAUGAUGACCCCAAACGGACAGUUCGCCGUUCCUAUGGUAGACCACCAAGCUUACAAUCAGAAACCAGUUCCUAUGCCAGUUCAACCACCAAAAAUGGAGAUACCAGAAGAAUUGGUAUGCAGUAUUUGUUCCGAUUUAUUGACUGAUGCCGUUAUGAUACCGUGUUGUGGAAAUUCGUUUUGCGACGAAUGCAUAAGGGGAGUUUUAUUGGAAAGCGAAGAUCACGAAUGUCCCGAUUGCCAUGAAAAGGAAAUAUCUCCGGAUACGCUUAUUCCAAAUAGGUUUCUAAGAACGUCGGUUGCAAAUUUUAAAAGUACUACUGGGUAUGUCAAAAUACCUACUUACAGAGAACCCAAAUCAACGCCCGUUGUUCAAACCAUACCUUCUAAUAACGAAACUACCCCUCCACGUUAUACAGAUCCAGAAAAACAAACUGUGAUUUCGGAAGCCGAUUCAACGGAACCAUACAAACUUAAUCAAAACCCAGAAUCAAGGAUUGAUCAACAGUCUAACGAAAAGGAACGUACAGAGGGUCCACCAGGUGUUUCACCUAGAGGAUCUCCUAGAGAUAGAAAAUAUAGAGAAGAAUCGCCGAGAAGCCCAAGAGAUCGAGCAGUUCGUUCGAGGCGCAGAAGUAGGAGCAGAAGCAUUUCCCCUAGAAGAAGUCCUCGGCGUAUGCCAUCACGUUCUCGUACCGCUUCGAGGUCGCCUGGUAAAAGAUCAGGAACUCCUACUGUAGAUGAACCGGUCAUACCUGGUGCUAAUAGUUAUCCACCAACAACAUUCGGGAACACCAAUUUAGGACAAGUCGCACCAAUGCAGGGUCCACCAACAAUUCCUGGUAGCUUUCCUCCAAUCGGUACGUUUCCAACUCAAGGACCACCACCAAAUUAUCGAUUUCCUCCACCAGGCGCCGGCCCUGCAUAUAUGGGACCGAGUCCUUAUGUAGCUCGGACUAUGUUUGAUGGUACUAGACCCCCAAUAGGGGCUCCUCCAAAUUAUCCAAGCUAUGCCCCUGGAUCUAGAAGUCAUCGAGAUUACAAUAGAAGAAUGUUGGAUAGGGCACCAGCUGGUGUCAUAGAUGAUCCAUUGGCGGCUUUUAAUAGAUUGUUAAGAGAGAAAGAUGAACAAAAACGAAGAGCCAAACAGAGGGGUUUUAGGAGAAGCUAUAGCCGAAGUCGUAGUCGUAGUAGAAGUUUUAGUAGGUCUCCUAUAAGACGUAGAAGUCGAUCACCUAGAGCUGGAAGAAGAUCGAGGAGCAGAUCAAGAUCAUUCUCUUUGAGUCGGUCUCGAUCGAGGUCAUUUUCGGGUUCGCCACACAGACAGUUAUCACCUGCUAGGCGAUCACCUUCUGGACCUCCUCGAAGGGGCUCUAGGUUUAGAUCGCCUUUAAGAUCACCUCCAAGAUCUAGAAACAGAGAUUACGACGACGAUCGAGACUAUGAUAGAAAUAGAGAUUCUCGUCGUAUCAGGGAUAGGCGUUCGUCGCGAGAACGAGAUAGAUUUUUCGAUAAUUAUGACGAUAAGAGAGCCGGUAGAGGGCAGCAGACGCAAUGGGGUCAACGUAACGUAGUGCAGGAUAAUUAUUUCCCAACGCCUGGGCCGCAAUCCAUGCAGACGGGAUACCAGACUAACAGGUUUGGUCCGCCAUUUAUGAACAAAGAGCCCCCGUUCCAUCAGUCGCUUCCUCAGACAAUUCACAGCAUUCAACCUCAGAGGCAAUACCAAGAUAUCGCCCCGCCUGGCGUAGAUGACGACAUAGGACCGCCGGGUGUCGAAGAAGCCGUUUACAAAUCCGAAAAGAAAGAAGCUGUUAAAAAAGAAGAUAAACCAGAACGUCGAAAAGAAUCUUACGACAAAAAACGUAGCAGACACGAUAAGAGAAGCAGAACUCCAGAAAAAAUCCGAAGUCCAAGGAGAAAAUCGAAAUCUAGAGAACGAGACAAAGACAGCCCCGAUAAACAUCGAAAAAGACGGAGAGAUUCAUCGGACAAAGAUGAUGACGACAAAUCGAAAAGGAGUAAAGAUAAAAAGAAACAUAAAGAGAAAAAAGAUUCCGAAAAGAAGAAAAAACGAGACAAGAAAGACAAACACAAAAAAGAUAAUAAAGAAAAAAAAUCUAAAGAUGAAUUUAAACAAGUUAUACCGAAAAAUAGGAGAGACGAAGAAGACGACGAUGAAGAUAAAAACAUCGAGAAGAAAAAUCCGGAAAAAGAUACAACAAUUGCGUCGCCGAGAGAAGGAAACGAAAACGAAGAAAUUGAAAAUGUGAAUCGAAAGGAAGAAUCUCAAUUGAAUGAAUUAGUCGCUUCGAAAGAACACACGCCAGAACGACAAGAUUCCAAAAUGAGUCUAUACGAAGACGUCGUUACCGAAAUAGAUACUAACGUUAUCGAAAAUUAUGGCAGAUUAGAAACAAAUUCUCCAUUCGAAGGUAGAGACGAAGGUAAUAGACCGGCGCCGGAAGGAGACGAGAUCGCAGAUUUAACAGAAGACGGAGAAAUUAAAGAAAUUGAAGAUGAAGAAAAAGACGUCUUAGAAUUACAUUCUAACGAUAUGGAUCUAAAAGCGGAACUGGAAAAAACCGAUAUCUUAGCUCCCGUUCCGGAAAUAUCGAAAUGGGAAGUGGAAGACGAAAGCGGCGCCAUCAGUCCCAAAGAUACGAACAAAUCCGAUACGAAAACCGACAAAAACGGAAAAGUAGUUACCAGCGAAGUUUUGAAACGAGCCGAAAACGCGAUAUUCGCCAAAGCGAUAAACGCCAUCAGAAAUCCCGACGUCAAAAAAACCGGAUCGGAACGAAUAAAAAAAGAUACCGAAGAAAUAGCGGCGGCGACGGUGAAAAGCGACAUCAAACCAGUUAGGAUUUCGGUAAAAGAUCGUCUCGGCGUUAAAGUCGACGAUUCAGAUAAAAUAAUAAAUUUGAGUAGGAGAUCGACGACGGUAUCUCCUUUUUCUCGAAGAGGAGACGGCGGUAGAAACAUCACCGUCGGAGAAAGAAGAAUAGAAGCGAACGAUCACAACAAAAGGAACAGGCGAUCGCGAUCGAGGAGACGCGGCAGCAGAGAAAGAACAAGAAGUAAAACCGAAACAAAUCAAUACAAUCGAAAUAUUAGUAGAACGGAUCGCGACAGAAAAGACAGACAUAAAAAAGAAGAUAGAGUCAAAAGCGAAGAUGAUAACAAAAAAAUGAAGAAAAAACGUUCGAGAACGAGAAGCGUCAGCGAGGAUAAAAAAGAGAAGCACAAGAAAAAAGAAAAGCGGGUGAAAAAAGACAAAUCCAAGAAAAAAGAAGACGAAGAUAAUAAAUCGGAGGAGAAGGAUGUUAAUAAACAACUGAUGACGGCUAAACGUAAAGCUACGAUCGACGAAGCCAGUUUCGAACCCGAUUACGACGAAUCGCAUUCGGAUAUAGAAGACGAAAGUAAAAGUGGUAAAAAGAAAUCGAAGAAAGAUUCGGAAGAGAGUUCUAGUAGUGAAACGGAAUCGUCUUCCAGUUCGGAAGAGGAGCGUAAAAAGAAGAAGCGCAAAAAACACAAGAAGAAGAAGAAGCGCGACAGCAGUAGCAGCAGUAGUAGUUCGUCGGAGGAAUCCGAUUCGAGCGAUAGCGAGAAAGAACGCAAAAGGAAAAAACAUAAGAAAAAUAAGAAGAAAAAGAAAAAAUCUAAACACAAAUAGAAAGUGCUCGGCGUCAAAUACCAUUUUUUAUAAGUUGUUAGGUGAAAACAGUGGAUAUUUUCUUUGUACAUAUAAAUUUAGGUAAAUGUGUAUUGUGAUUAUUAAUUGCAACAACAAUAAAAAAAUACUUU